GGCGGGGUAAAGGACUAAAAAGUGGCUGUCGGAGGAAGUUAUGACUGAUUUUAGAAACAUCAAGGGGACUUUACCAGAAUAAGAAUUCGAAUUUUAAGAUCAGAGCAGGGGAUGAAGGAGGGCAGAGUUCACUCAGAGCGGAAGUGAAAGGGCUGAUAGUCUGCAGGCGGAGUGACACCAGCGAGUGUGGACUCUCUAAAGCCGCGAUUUAGUCGCUCUGCCUUUUUAGGCCUUUGCCUUCUCUCCACAACAGUCAGACAUGACUAAGUUCCGGGGAUCAGUGUCAUUCGAGGAUGUGGCUGUGGACUUCACCCAGGAAGAAUGGAAUCGACUGGACCCUACUCAGAGGACCCUAUACAGAGAUGUGAUGCUAGAGAAUUAUAGCCAUCUUGUUUCUCUGGGGUAUCCUAUUACCAAACCAGAUGUGAUUGCCUCUUUGGAGAAUGGAGUUCUUGAGAUCAUAAAGAGAGAAAUCCCAAGUUCAAGUUGUACAGAAGAUGAGCAAGCUGAAGACCAGCUGGAGAACCACCAGGAAAACCAAAACAGACACCUGAGGCAAGCUAUAUCCAUUGAUGAGAAAAAUGUGUCUAAGGAAAGAGCUCAUGAAUUUGAUGGCUUUGUAAACCCACUUCCUCAGAGCACAUGGGUAGUUUCUUCAGGACACACACCCUAUAUAACUGACUCAUAUGGGAAAAGUUUUAAAGAUAAUUUUGGCUUACUCAGUCCUAAUAGUCUGAGCUUGACAGCUCAGAAAUGUUACGAAUGUAAUCGAUGUGGGAAAUUAUUAAUUCAUGGCAGGCAUGAAAAAACUAAUGGAAUGAUACCCCUUGACUAUAAUACAUAUGAGAAAGGUCAUAGUCUUAACUUUGUUCAGCAUAAUCUGACUCAAGUUGCAGAACCAACCUAUGAAUGUCCUGAGUGUAGAAUACCCCUCAGCACGAAUUCACUCCUUAUUGUUCAUCAGAUCACUCACAUAGGAGAGAAACCUUAUGAAUAUACAGAAUGCAGAGAGGUAUUCAACAAGACUGCACACCUCAGUAUACAUCAGACCAUGCACACAGGAGACAAACUUUUUGAGUGUAAUGAAUGUGGCAAAUCCUUCAGAGAGGAAUCAACCCUGCAUAUACAUCAAAGAACUCAUACAGGUGAAAAACCGUAUGUAUGCACUGAGUGUGGCAAAGCUUUCCAAGAAAAGACAAAGCUCAUCAUACAUCGACGAACUCACAAAGGAGAGAAACCCUAUAAAUGUUCAGAAUGUGAGAAAACCUUCAACCAGAAGGCGCACCUCAGUGUUCAUCAGAGAACACACACAGGAGAGAAACCUUUUGAAUGCAGUGAUUGUGGCAAAUACUUCAGAGAGAAAUCAACACUGAAUAUACAUCAAAGAACUCAUACAGGAGAGAAGCCGUAUUUAUGCAAUGAGUGUGGCAAAGCCUUCCGAGAGAAGACAAAGCUCAUCAUACAUCAGAGAACUCACACAGGAGAGAAACCCUAUGAAUGUUUAGAAUGUGGGAGAGCCUUCAAUCAAAAGGCACACCUCAGUGUACAUCAGAGGACACACACAGGUGAGAAACCUUUUGAAUGUAAUGAAUGUGGCAAAUCUUUCAGAGAGAAAUCAACACUGCGUAGACAUCAAAGAAUCCAUACAGGAGAGAAACCUUAUGUGUGUUCAGACUGUGGAAGAGCAUUCACCCUUAAGCUGAGCCUCAGUGCUCAUCAGAGAAUUCAUACAGGAGAAAAAACUGAUGGAUGUACUGUAUGUGGAAAAGUCUUCUCCCGGAAGUCAUAUCUUAUGCUACAUCAGAGAGCUCAUACAGGAGAAAAAUUUGAGAAAUCCUAUGAAUGCAAUGAAUGUGAUAAAGCAUUCUUCCAGAAAUCAUAUCUCAUUAUUCACCAGAGAGUUCACACAGGGGAGAAACCCUACGAGUGUAAUGUAUGUGAGAAAGCUUUCUCCCAAAAAUCAUAUCUCAUUAUACAUCAACGAACUCAUACAGGAGAGAAACCCUAUAAAUGUGAUAAGUGUAAUAGAGCCUUCAGAGAAAAGUCUAAACUCACUGUACAUCAGAGAACUCACAUAGGAGAGAAGCCCUAUGACUGUCCUGAAUAUGAGAGAAACCUUCUAGAAGUCAAAGAUCAGCAAGAAUUAGAGAACUCUGAGAGAGAAGAGACCAAAGAACUGAAAAUGGAAAAUCCUUUCCUGUUGGAUUUUAUAGGCUACGGUGCCGGAGAGCUGGUUCAGAAGCGGAAGUGCUUGUCGGGGCCAGUUCUUGUAACGGUCUCUUCAACAGUAAGCAGAAAAUCAGUUGACGAGAAAGACACUCAAUUUUCACACAUCUCUGCCUUUUCCCAAGAACAGCAGGAAAUGGCCAAACCCCAGGGACUAGUGACAUUUGAGGAUGUGGCUGUGGAUUUCACUCAGGAGGAGUGGCAGUACCUGAACCCUCUGCAGAGGACCUUAUACCGAGAUGUGAUGCUAGAGACCUACAGCAACCUGGUCUCCAUGGGGCAACAGGUUUGUAAACCAGACCUCAUCCUCAAGUUGGAGGUGGAAGAGCUAUGCCCAGCAGAAGACAGAAUUCCAAUUUGGAGCUUUCCAGAAGUCUGCCAAGUUGGUGAAAAGAUUGAGAGCCAGCAUCAGGAUGACCAAGAUCAAUGUCUCUUGAUGCAAGUUGGAUUCCCUGACAAGAAAAUAAUGACUACCAAGAAUGGCCAUGACUGUAAUGAAUUUGGAAACACUCUUCAUCUGAGUACAAGCCUUGGUAUUCCAAUACAAAGAACUCAUAAACUUGAAACAUUUGGAAAUGAUAUGGUAGAUAAUGUAGACUUAUUUAGAAGUGCUGUGGAAAAGAAACAUGAUAAUGGGCGUGCAAAAUUAUUCUUCCAUACCGAGUUUGAGAAAUCAAAUCCUGUAGUGAAGCCCUAUGGAUAUAAAGAAUGCGGGAAAGUCCUCAGGCGAAAGAAAGGUCUUAGUCUUCAUCAGAGAAUUAAAAAUGGAGAGAAACCAUUUGAAUGUACUGCAUGUCGGAAAACCUUCAGCAAGAAGUCACACCUCAUUGUCCACUGGAGGACUCAUACAGGGGAGAAACCAUUUGCAUGCACCGAAUGUGGAAAAGCUUUUAGCCAGAAAUCUCAGCUAAUUAUACACCUCAGAACUCAUACAGGAGAGAGACCCUUUGAGUGUCCUGAGUGUGGGAAAGCCUUCAGAGAAAAGUCAACUGUCAUUAUACAUUACAGGACUCAUACAGGAGAGAAACCUUAUGAAUGCAAUGAAUGUGGAAAAGCCUUCACUCAGAAGUCAAACCUUAUUGUUCAUCAGAAAACCCACACAGGGGAGAAAACCUAUGAAUGCACUAAAUGUGGGGAAUCUUUCAUCCAGAAGCUUGAUCUGAUUAUACACCACAGCACUCACACAGGGAAAAAACCCCAUGAAUGCCAUGAAUGCAAGAAAACAUUCAGUGACAAGUCCACCCUCAUUACGCACCAGAGAACUCACACAGGAGAGAAGCCCCAUAAAUGUACGGAAUGUGGGAAGUCUUUCAAUGAGAAGUCGACUCUCAUUGUACAUCAGAGGACACAUACAGGAGAGAAGCCCUAUGAAUGUGACGUGUGUGGAAAAACCUUUACCCAAAAGUCAAAUCUGGGUGUGCAUCAGAGAACUCACUCUGGAGAGAAACCCUUUGAGUGUAAUGAAUGUGAGAAAGCCUUCUCCCAGAAGUCCUAUCUCAUGCUACAUCAGAGAGGUCACACAGGGGAAAAGCCCUAUGAAUGCAAUGAAUGUGAAAAGGCAUUUUCCCAGAAGUCCUAUCUCAUUAUACACCAACGAACUCAUACAGAAGAAAAACCCUAUAAAUGUAAUGAGUGUGGCAAAGCCUUUCGAGAAAAGUCAAAGCUCAUUAUACACCAAAGAAUUCAUACAGGAGAAAAACCCUAUGAAUGUCCUGUAUGUUGGAAAGCUUUUAGCCAGAAGUCCCAGCUCAUAAUCCAUCAGCGAACACACACAGGAGAGAAACCCUAUGCAUGCACAGAGUGCGGCAAAGCCUUCAGGGAAAAGUCAACAUUCACUGUCCAUCAAAGGACUCACACUGGAGAGAAGCCCUAUAAGUGUACAGAGUGUGGGAAAGCCUUUACCCAAAAAUCCAACCUUAUUGUACAUCAGAGAACCCAUACAGGAAAAAAGGCCCACGGGAGAGGCCAGACCCGGAAGUCAAAGCUCACGGCACACUAAGGAGUAAAGUGAGUGUCUGUUAGGUACCCCAAAGGAAAGUUGUGUCAAUUUAAUAUUUUAAAUGUACUUCUGACUUCUGGUUUAAACACAGGGAGUAAAGAUGGCCUUUCUUCUUUUCGUCUCAUUUUUCACCCAAGAGCAACAGGAGAAAAAGAAGCAAAAGUGUGAGCUCCAUAUGUGUUAAAAUUAGGAGACAACUGCUACCAGAGGCCUCCAGAGGCAGAGGAAACCAAGACCCAGUGCAGGGCCACAGAUGAGAGGCAGCAUGGGUUAGGACUCUUAGCAGAGGGUCGCGAUACACUCCAAGGUACAGCACCACAGGCAGCUGUAACCAUGGUAACAGAGUUCAUGAGCAGGUAGGAGGCUUCCUAGACUAUUUGGUAUCUGAGGAGAAACAGGCAGGGGCCUCAACAAGGAGAUACUCAGACAAGCCUUAUUUACAGAAAGUAGCCUGUACUGAUAGGAGGAAUAGUUGUGGGCACCUUGGAGAAAAGAAGGGACUUUUCCUUGUGAAGAACCUGUAGUAUCUUCUGUUUAGUAACUUGGGAAAAGUAAAGGGAAAAAACUAACAAAUGUAUGUGUGGAGCUCAUUUGUUAGAAAAACUGAUCUUCCUAGAAUAUACUCCUGGUAUCUUCCCAACAUGAACCUCCAGCGAAUAGCAAGUCCAGGAAAAACUUUUCAUUCAAAGAGAAUAUUUCCCAGAAAAUCAAAACCACAAAUGUUUUCCAAGACAUCAACUCAACUUCAAGAUUGUCAAAAUGAUGAACACACAGAGGUGUUUGUUGAUGCACUGUUUGUGAAAAUAUUGGAAGCUGUCCAAAUGAAAUCCCCAGAUUCUGCUUCCCGAAAUUGUGAUGUAUUUGUACAACAGAUUCCUAAGUAGAAAAAAAAUGAUAAAGAAACUUGGAUAUCAUUUAUGUUACUGAUGUGGAGCAACCUCCAAAUUAUUAGGGAAGAAAAGCAAGGUGCAGCAUAGUAUGUCACGAUGUGUAUAUAAAGAGGGAAAAUGGUAAGUACAUAAUUGUAUAUACACAAACCAUUUCUGAAAAGAGAUACAAGAUGCUGAUAACCUUGAUUCCCUUGGGGAAGGGGCAGUGGGUGCUGAGGGCAGGGAACUGGGAGGGAGAUAGCUGUGUAUCCUUUCAUAGUUUUAGAAAACUGUAUUAUGUGGAUGUACUGCCUUUUCAAUGAAC